AUGGACGUCAGGAAACGCAGAAGUUGUGGUAAGUACCUCGGAGGGUUCAAACCUCCAGUUUCCCCUACUGAACCCCCCAAAAACCACAAGCAACCCAUCUGUAUCGCUAGCUCGCAUGAGGAAACUAUAUUCCCUUAUCAUGCGGGGCAAACUCAAACGGAGAUAAUUUCGAACCUCAAAGAAGCAUUUCAACAGAUGCUCAACAUCUGCAAAGAAGGGUUGGGCAUCACCGUCCUAACGAAGGAGAACAUUGAGCAGACACUGCGAGAAAAGGAAGACCGAACAUGUUGCCGAAAAGCAAAGAAGGAGAAGACAAGACACUCCCGGGUCCCCCGAGCGUGGAUGGCAAUCAAUAUCAGGAAGAAAAGCAACACGUGA